CGCCCCCGCCCGCCCCGCGGGCACAGCCCGGGCCUCCGCCGCCUGGAGCGCUGCCCGCUGCUGCCACACGCACCAAGCCAGCCGGGCAGGGGAGCCGCCGGAGAGCCCUGAAUCUUGACUGCAGGGAAGGGACUACUGCCACUUGAACAAUGCAUACAAGUAAGGAGGAAGAGCUGGAAAGCAAUGCAUUUUACAGGCCAGUGUGCUGUAGGGUAGUAUAUGUGAAACAAAGAUCCCAUUUGAAUGCAUGACUCAGUCUGAAACAUCCAAAGUGGUAGUAAGGUUCAAUGGCAAAUGUAAACAUUUGUCAACACUUGAAAAAUAUUCCUUUGGACAACAUGGAUUUGCUGGAAUCUAGAGUUCAGAUCACUUGCAAAGAACAGCGCUUUAUUUUUUAAAGCAUUAAUUACCUGGAUUGGUUGCAGCGAUGGCUAGCAAAAGAAAAUCCACAACUCCUUGCAUGAUACCAGUAAAAACAAUGGUGCUGCAGGAGAUGGAAUCAGAUGCUGUGGAAAAUGAUCAUGAAGGAACUCAACAGCACAUGCCUCCUGAACCACCGGCAGCUGGUGAUGCUGUUAUUAACAAUAGCAGCAAUAAUGCAACAUUGUCUAAUGGGCAUCGCAGUAUUAUGGACGGUGAUACUUACUUGUGUAAGUAUUGCGAUUUUGGAUCGCAAGAUGUUAAUCAUUUCUUUGGACACAUGGAUUCUGAGCACUUAGACUUCAGCAAAGACCCCUCGUUUGUAUGUGUUGAGUGCAGUUUUCUGGCACAAAGCCACAAAGGGCUUUUGCAUCACAAUGCGGAGUGCCACGGUGGUGAAACUAGCUUCCUCUGGAAUGUGGCUAAGCAGGAUAAUCACACGACAGUGGAGCAAAGUAUCUCUGAUGCCACCAGCAACCAAGACCUUUCAGGAGAAUUCUGUGAGGAGGGGGUAGAUGGUCAAGCUGAAAUCAUCAUCACCAAAACUCCCAUUAUGAAGAUAAUGAAAGGUAAGCCUGAGGCCAAAAAAAUUCACAUGCUAAAGGAGAAUGUAUCAAAUCAGCCAGGCGAUGAUUUGGCGAUGAAAGAUGGUGACCAUUCAUUCACCAAUGGGUCUUUGCCAGCCAGCCGGUCAACAGCCAGCUCAGCAAAAUCAUCUCACAUAGUCAAUGGCUCCAUAUUGGGAAACGUGCCUGUUUUGCAGGCAGGCGUUGCGCAACUUGUGUCAUUGCAGCAGCAGCAGCCGCAGCUGCACCAGGACCUACCCACGUCCAAAUCCCUUCCUAAAGUGAUGAUUCCUCUGAGCAGCAUUCCCACGUACAAUGCAGCCAUGGACUCCAACAGCUUCCUGAAAAACUCCUUCCAUAAGUUUCCCUACCCUACAAAAGCUGAGCUUUGCUAUUUGACUGUCGUGACCAAGUACCCAGAAGAGCAGCUUAAGAUCUGGUUUACUGCCCAGAGGUUGAAACAAGGCAUUAGCUGGUCCCCAGAGGAGAUAGAAGAUGCACGGAAAAAAAUGUUCAACACAGUUAUUCAGUCUGUACCGCAGCCCACUAUCACAGUUUUAAAUACACCUCUAGUUGCAAAUGCCAGCAAUGUCCAGCAUCUCAUUCAGGCAACUCUACCUGGUCACAUGGUCGGGCAACCAGAAGGAACGGGAGGGUUACUCGUUACACAACCAAUAAUGACAAAUGGAUUAAAAGGAAGCAGCUCAUCUCUCACGUUAGCAGUGACAUCUAUUCCCAAGCUCCAACCCAUUACGCAACACAACAAUGCGUGUUCGAGCAGCGCAUCAGCUGUGAAGGUGGUCAACACAGCUCAGUCUCUGCUGACUGCAUGCCCAAGCAUAUCUUCACAAGCUUUCAUGGAUCCCAGCAUCUACAAAAAUAAGAAGUCCCAUGAGCAGCUGUCUGCACUGAAAGGCAGCUUCUGCAGGAAUCAGUUUCCUGGCCACGCUGAAGUUGAGCGUCUGACCAAAAUUACAGGCCUUACAACUAGGGAGGUUCGAAAGUGGUUCAGUGAUAGGAGAUAUCAUUUCAGGAAUAUGAAAGGCAGUAGAGCCAUGUUUGCUGGAGAUAAUACAAUAAUUAUUGACUCCAUGCCUGACAUUACCUUCACUGUGUCACCAAAAGAGAUUGACUUAACCUCUACGACAGCAGCGAUGCCUGUGGCUCAUCACCAAACAAGACGACAGUCCUGGCAUCAAACGCCCGACUUCACCCCAACGAAAUACAAAGAGAGAGCACCAGACCAGCUCAAGGCUUUGGAAGGCAGUUUUGCACAAAACCCUUUUCCUCCCGAGGAAGAAGUGGACCGUUUGAGGAGUGAAACAAAAAUGACCAGGAGAGAAAUUGAUAGCUGGUUUUCAGAGAGGAGGAAAAAAAAGGUGAUGGAGGAAAAUAAAAAAGCAGAAGAAAUGGUCCAGCAAGAGGAAGAGGAUGCUGACAAUAAUUGUGGAGAAGAGGAAGACUCCUCAGAUGAACUGAGGGUCUCAAGUGAAAAUGGUUCAUUAGACACCCCAAGCAGCAAUCAAACUUCUCUGGAGCGGAAAGUUAGUCCUAUUAAAAUCAAUCUGAAGAAGCUUAGAGUGACUGAGUCAAAUGGCAAAAAUGAGUUGCCAGAGGUAUGUGCAAAUGAUCAAGGGGACAACUGUUCUAGCAGGCCACCUACCCCUGCAAAAACCAAACUGAACUUUAAAAAAACAGCCCAACAGCGGCAUUUGCUUAAACAAAUGUUCGUAAAGACACAGCGACCAACAAAUCAAGAAUACGACGCCAUAGUUGCUCAGACAGGUCUGCCCCGGGCUGAGAUAAUUCGCUGGUUUGGGGAUAGCCGGUACGGUUUAAAAAAUGGCCAGCUGAAAUGGUAUGAGAACUACAAGCGGGGUAUCUUCCCUCCAGGUUUAGCGGUGAUCAGCCCAGCUAGCAAAGAGAUCCUAGAGGACUAUUACAAAAAGCACAAGCUGCUGUAUGAAGAUGACCUUCAGAGCUUGUGUGAGAGAACUCAACUGAAUUCACAGCAGGUUAGGGUGUGGUUUGCUGUAAAGGCGGACGAAGAAACCCGGGCCGUGUCUGACACGGGAAGCGAAGAUCGAUACUCGGGCACGGGCGAACAAGCAGGAAGCCAAAAAGGGACAUGCGAUGCCAGUUCGGAGGUAUCUGAGAAUAGCGAAUCUUGGGAGCCCAGUGGCCAGGAAGGCCAUUCGGAACCCUUUGAUACAUUUAGCCAGCAACCUGCAGUUCAGCUUGAAACAGAUUGACCUUAAACUGCCUGCUCUGAAGGAUCUGCGAUUACAUUUGAGAAGAUUGUAAAUCCAUGGGCCUGAUACGAAUCUCAGUAGCAGGGAGUGGUGUAAAAGCACUGCUAUAAUGAGACCUUUCAGUACAGCACAUCAGAGAGGGAGAGCAAGAGAAUCGGGCUCUUCAUGCAGUGCCAUCUGCAGCCUAAUCUAGAAUCUUACUCACCAGCUGGCCAGAGUAGGGCAUCAGUAAGAUCUUCUCACUCUUGUGACGUAGGAUGCUGUUUCCUUUCCAGUGGAUAAACUUUCAGAUUUCAUAUUCAUAUAAUGGAACCAACUUUUGACAUACAGACAGCCGCCUCGACAAGCAUAAUUAAUUUUGGACAUUGAUUGUGUAAAUGUAUUUUUUGCAUAGAAAUGGACUAUCAUGGCACAAUACAUUUUUAUCUUCAGCAGUUUGUAACGUGUUUGUUCUCUAACGGUUGGCAAUGUUGCAUAUGUCCCCGACUCUUGGGUCCCUAGAUCAGGGAUUGGAGGAUACCAUCAUGACUGUCAGUAUGUGUGUCAGAGCAAGAGAGAAGAUCUGAGAAGCAACAUGCCAGUCUUCGUAGCAAGAACAGGAUGAAUUCAGUGGGGUGGAUGUAGAUUUCUUUCCCUGGGGAUGGGGGUGGAAUAAGCUAUUGUACACCCUCUAAUAUCCAGUGGGGGGUUGGGAUCCUGCAAAGGUCAGGAGAUAGAAUUGGCUAUAAUCUGUCCCCCUACUGCCUGGAGUAAUUUUAUUUCUUUUAUGCUAGGCGGUGGAAUGUAGCACAGCCCAUUACUCUCCAAGCCUCACAUUAAUUACUGAGAACUAGCACUUAAUGUUUCCAUCCUGCCCUGGAAUCCCUUUCAUUGUUUAUAGAGAACAAACUGUUCUUCAGAGAACAAAUACAGACAAAAAUUUGGCUUUCUGCUAACGUUUCAAGUCAUCGUUGUCUAGUAGGACUCUAUUAGGCAGGCAACCAGUUUUCUAGACAGGAAGCUUGCUUGUCACACCACUAGUUGAAUUAGAUUCCUUCUCUUGUCCCACUGUGCUAAUGCUAUUAACCUAUACUUAUUGGUCCAGGUCACCGUACCUAGUUCUCCAACUGUAGUCCUGUCUUUCUGUGAGCUAGACAAUAAAUACGUUGCAAACUAGUUUUUAGUUAUCUGGUAUAUUAAGUGCUCACUUAAUCAUAUACCUUUUUAAUAUGUAUAGGUCUACAAUGUCGUGGGCUGUUACUGCUUUAAAGCAGCUUCUUUAUUAUUUUUGAUUCUAGUGUAAUUUUUCUUAAUGUGGAAGGCUUUAUUCUCAGUGGUAGGAGAUAUUUAUUAAAUGGGUGAGUUUCAAGUUCUAAGUGACCUGAUCUAGUGUAAGUUUAUAAAGAGAGGUUGGUCUUUUUAAAUCUCUCCCGGCGUCUCUUCCAAAGGUAGCAUUUGAUUUCUACCUUAAGUCAUCUUCUUGAAUAGCGUUCCCCUUUCCUCAUGUCCAUAUUUAGAAGGCCUUACUAUUCAAUAAUUAAGAGGAGUAGCUCUCUUUAGUCAUAGCAUCAUUUGGGAAUGAAAGGACUCUAGCAGGACACCUACGCCUGUUAGUUCAGUCUGUGGCAGUUCAGAGAACCAUGCUGAUAGCAUAGCAUUUCUCCUUAUGCAAAAGACAACAUUGCAACUGUACAGGUCACACUAAACCUUUGUUAGAGGCGUACCAGCAACAAUAAUCAGCCUCUCAAUGGUGUGAGCUCAACAUUUGCAUGGCUGAGCCCCUACGUUCUUGCUCCCGAGAUGUCAGUUCCACAAUGGUUGCUGGAGUCCCUGCAACUGUCAUCUUGUAUACCCUGAAACAGCAAGGGACGGGAGGGAGAAGGACUAGAAACGUCUAGCAGUGACGAUUACUCUUGAUGCUACUGGUGGGAAUCUGGUGACCCAAGAGUACGGCUGCAUGUACAGUGUUAACUAAAGAGAACAAAUACAGGUAAGUCAUUUACUCUCUAGUGUCUAUAUACGUGCAGGAGUAUUUAAAUAUGCACAUGUACUGUUCAAAUGUGCAAUUUUUACUGCAUAAGACGUACAUUCAAAAUGUACACUUUACUGAGUGCUAUAUAAAGAUGUUGGAAACACAG